GGUGGUGUGAUAGCAGGACAGCUGACAACAGUCGGGAUGCAGCAGAUGUUUGCCCUGGGGCAGAGGCUGAGGAGAAGCUAUGUGGAAGAAGUCAACUUUCUCUCACCAUCAUUUAAGCCUUCUGAGGUCUUGACCUGUUGUCAUUGUCACUGAUGAAGCAAGCUCUGAAAUCCUCUACCCCAAUGCCUCCAACUGCCAGCGCCUGAAAUACUUGAGCAGGCAGAAGUUGACGAAUGUUCUGCAACAGCCAGGUGCCUCUGAUGAGUUGAAAACAAUUAAGGAGAAGAUGGGUAUUGAUGAUAAGUCAGUGGAUUUUUUUCUCCUCCUUGAUAACGUUCUUGCUGAACAGGUGCACAAUUUGCCAAGCUGCCCUGUGCUGAAGAACUUUCAGCAGACACUUGAGCGUCGAUGCAUUGAAGCACUGCUAGUCUUUCUGGAAGACAGUACAAGAGAAACUCUUCGGCUGAGUAUUGGUCUUCUGUUCCAUACCUUACAGAAGAACAUUACAGAAGCAGUAGAUCCCUCAUAUGCAGCUGAAAAGGGCAGAAAGCUCAUUCUCUAUGCUUCUCAUGAUGUUACCCUUAUGCCUCUCCUGGUGGCACUGGGCACCUUUGAUCGCAAGUGGCCACCUUAUGCUGCAGAUGUGAUCCUGGAACUGUAUCAGCACAGGCAGUCCAAAGAGUGGUUUGUCCGCCUGUCUUACUGUGGAGAGGAACAAGUGGUGAAAGGAUGUAGAGCAGGGAUCUGCCCACUUGAAGAAUUUCUGGAAGUUCUUUCACAGUAUUCUGUCAGUCCAGAGGAGUACAAGAACCUGUGUUCCCAAAUGGAGGGGAAUCAGCAAAAAACCUCAUAAAUAAGAUAAAUUAAAGUUAGCUUA